CCAACCUGCUGACAGUUCGUGAGAGCCUCCCCUCUGUCAUAUAUCUCCCUCCGUUAUCCAAUGUACGCGUUUCGAUAACUCUAGUCAAGCGAUUUUGGUAUUUAGGGGACCUGGUGUUUCUCUCGCACUUCUUUUACCAAGUUCGCUGAGCGGGGAUGCAAUGCGUCCAUAUAACCUCGCGAUAUUGAUCUCUUCGGCCCUUCUCCUUGAUGGAAUCGAGGCUUCAACGCUGAACCCACCCGUCCUUCCACUUAUUGUUCGAAAUCCAUACCUGAGCACCUGGCUGGGAAAUGCACGCGCCGAACCAUGGCUGAAAUGGCCCAUGUUUUGGACUGGAGGCGAGGUCGGAUUUGGCGUCCUUGCUUCUCUACCUGAUACCAAUCAAGUCUUUCCAUUGCUGGGCCGACCCCAGGACUCAUUAGACGUAAAUGACAAAGAAUAUAGUAUAGCAUACCCUACUUAUAAAGGCGCGAAGUACGACGCGUCAACCACGAAUCUCACUUAUUCCCUCCCAUCACCCUCAAAGGGUCCUGACGCCGAUCCGCUCGAGAUAACAUUAUCGUUUCUGUCACCGAUUACACCGACGUCGACCCUUCGACAGUCACUUCCGGCCGCGUACGUGACUAUAUAUGUGGAAGGAAGCUUCGACGUCAACAUCUAUAUUGAUCUCAAUGGUCAAUGGGUCAGCGGGAAGCGAGAAAGCGUAAUCCAAUGGUCGCUGGACGAACGAGAAGCCGUUGGCUCUGGACCACUGAAGACAUGGAGCUUCAAGAGGCAGACAGAGCAAUUAUUCACUGAAACGUUUGAUCAGGCAGAAUGGGGCCAGCUACAUUUUACAGGACCCGGAGAUGUCCGGCAUGAGUCCGGUACAUCUGCUCUACUAAGGAAACGUUUUGCACGCACUGGCACACUGCAGAAUGAGAUUGACGGAAACUUUCGCGGUAUCAUGGAUGAGGAACCCGUCUUCGCGUAUGCAAAGAAUUUCAACUUGAAGAAGUCAUCUUCCUCGAACAGCACAAGGAGUGAUAGUGUUCUUUUCACAAUCGCGCACACGCAGGAUCCGGUCACACAGUUUGCCUCGGCUCGUGGGCUUACUUUCAUGCGCCCGCUAUGGAAAUCCUGGUUCCAUCAUGACAACGAGCUUAUCCAAUUCCACUACAGUGACUUUCAAAGCGCGAACACUCUUGCAAGAAACUACUCCGACCAGCUCUACAUCGAUGCCUAUAGAUCGGGAUCCAUAAAUUACGUCGACGUUGUGGCGCUGUCGGCGAGACAGGCCGUAGGCGCCACAAGCUUCUCCGGCACGCCGCAAAAUCCACUGUUGUUCCUCAAGGAGAUCUCCUCGAACGGCAAUUGUCAGACCGUAGACGUCAUUUUCCCUGCUUUCCCAUUUUUCAUGUAUACCAAUCCGCGUUGGGGUGCCUACCUUCUGGAACCUUUGAUCGAACAUCAACUCAGCGGACAAUACCCGAACAAGUACUCUAUGCAUGACCUUGGAGCGCACUUUCCGAAUCUGACCGGUCAUGCGGAUGGAAGAGAUGAGUAUAUGCCUGUAGAGGAGUGUGGAAACAUGCUCAUCAUGGGGUUGGCGCUCGUCAACUCCUUGACUUAUGGAUCUCCCGAUGAAGCUCAGUCAUUGUGGUCCACGGUGGGUGAUCAAACAUACCGCAGUGGAGAGGACGACAAGCCUUUUGCGUUGACUACAUUGGGUUCCCAUGAUGGUAUUGAACAUAUUGACGAUACCUGGGGCGGGGGCGUGAAAGGUAUAGAUCAAGCGAAGAAGUGGGUUGAGGGGAGCUAUGACCUUUGGAAGCAAUGGACCGGUUACCUUGUUGAAUACAGUCUUGAACCCCACAACCAGCUUUGCACUGAUGACUUCGCUGGCUGGUUAGCACUUCAAACCAAUCUCGCGCUGAAAGGCAUUAUUGGCAUCAAAGCAUUCAGUGAACUUGCAGACCUCCUCGAUCGGACUGGAGACGCCCAGGAGCAUCGCAAUAUCUCAGACACUUAUAUUGAGAAGUGGCAAGAGUAUGGCAUCUCACGCGACGGCACGCACGCAAAGCUUGCGUACGACUGGUAUGGCAGCUGGACCACGCUAUAUUCCCUUUACGCGGAUGCUGUUCUCUGUUUCCAUCCUUCUAUCACCAACAAAACAUUGGACGAUGCUCCUACGUUUGCGUCAGGUAAUCAUGGCGACCAACAGCCUCUGCAGCCUGGCAAAGGUCCAAACGGGCGCUCCCCAAUUACCAAAGAUUUCAUCCCAUCACGCAUAUAUGACAUACAAUCAAAGUGGUACAGCGCCGUCAUGCAGAAGUACGGUCUGCCCUUGGACUCACGCCAUCUCUAUACCAAAUCAGACUGGGAAUUCGAAGCCGCAGCCGUGGCGUCUAAGAAAGUACGCUCGGAGAUCCUGGACCGCGUUGCCCUCUGGCUAAAUGAGACGGUUACCGAUCGUCCCUUCACGGAUCUGUAUAAUACCGAGGGCGAUGGUGGGUUUCCGAAUCCGUACUUCUUCGCUAGGCCCGUUGUUGGAGGGCAUUUUGCAUUUCUGACGCUGGAGAGGGCUUGUGGUGGGCAGGGUGCUAACGCUUUUGAGUUUUUGGAUAAAAAGUGAGUUUCUCUGGAUUGUGGCGCAAGAAACACCUGUUAUUAUUAUGCAAUAAUACAGCGAUUCUGCUCUUUCAAAUUCGUGACCGGAAAGGCACGGUUUACUGAAUAUCCGGUGCAUGCCAGCUUCCUCAUAACAGUUUUUCGCAAACCAGUUAAACACCUUUCACGGCGUACGCGCGUCACUUGAUUGGCUCCAGUCCAUCUCAACUCCACCACCAGUUUCUUGUCGGCGGUGAAAGCUUGC